GCAUGUGAGAUGAAUUUGAUGUGCAUGUAUCUGUCUGAUCGAUGUAUACAUCAAUUUAGAUAUGUGUGGAUCAUUUCGAAAUCCCCCUCUUUGUCUGCUCAUAACAACAUCGUUUGCAGACAUGUUAAUGACAAAUUGACUGUAUAUGAGAUUAUCAUCUGGUACCGGAGGAAUAUCAGAAUAUAUCAGCCACAAGUUGAAAUGUGUAUUUCCGAUCUCCGUAUGUAAUGAGUUUCCCGAGCUAAAAUGUGUCAUCAUAAGAGAAGCAGAUGAACUAGAGGAAAUAUUUAAAAGUGAAGGGAAGGAAAAUCAGAAAGUAAAGAUUCUAAAUUUGAAAUUUAUAACAUUUGUGAACCUAUCAAGCCUCUUCCAAACAAAGGGAAUUCAAUUUCAAACGGUAGAAUCUCGUUUUGUAAUGGAUCGUCAAAAACUCUCUCUCACUUCAACAUCAAUACUCGACUAUAUCAUGGAAAUACUUGGCUGCAGUGUCGACAUACGGUUUGUUUAUGCGAGAAGAGUCCCACGACGACGAUACUGGAAAGAAAAGUUUUGGCAAAGAAGAUGAAAUACUGAGUGCAAUACAACUAAAGUAAAUGGAGAAGCUACACAGCAUUGAGGCAUUGGGUCCGAUGGAUUCAUUGAAGCGGAAAUCUACUACCUCUCGAAUAAAUUGAAAUGGUUUUGGAGCCAGAAGUUGAUAAUUACUAUCCACAAAUGCCGCUUCCAUUGGACAAACAGCCCCGUGUAACUGUACUGGCGGAGUUCCGUGUGAUUAUGUGGAGCUUCGUGAAUCGCGGUGUUGAUUCCAAUGUCCAGUGCCUUUUAUAUAGCUGAAGAAUCUUUAUUUUACUAUUUUGUGUCAAUAAGUUUUUCAUUACUAUCCACCAGCUGAAAUCAUGUUAAUAACUCUCUUCGUGUGGUUAUGUUGCACUUUGUCGACAACUGUUUGAUGAAAUGCCUCACCCAGAUGUUGUGUCUUGGACUGUUUGGGUUAUCGCUUUGGUGGGAUGUAUGAAGAUGUAUAUGCUCAUGAGAUUUAUGCCUUUUGAGCUGACAAAAGCUAUGUGGGGAUCGUUGUUGAUUGGUUCAAAAUCUCAGGGGAACUUUGAAUUCAGCGAGAAGAUGGAGAACUGUUGGGUUGUAGUUCUGUGGAGGUUGAACACCAAAGGCCUGCCACUGAAGUCUACUCCCUUCCCACAACUUGACUGCCAGCAGAAUGAAACAAGUGCUGUUUCUCUCUCUUAAACUGAGGCUACUCCCUUCAAUGAUGUUCCUCAAUCCUCUUUAUUCUCAUUUAACAAACCUUAUCUCCAUUUUUUUAGUUGAAAAAAAAUCAUAUUGCUAUUGUUUCUUGUAUAUAUGAUUUUAGAACGGAUGGACAGUAGCUAGUGUCUAAGCAAGGACUCACCAUGGACAGUGAAGAAAACACCAAAUUAGUCAAUAAGGUAUUAGCAUCUCAAGUAUCUUUCGAAUCAAUCCUUGUUUUUAGUGAUAUUGCUCGACAAAAUCCAAAUUUCCUUGAUCUUGGUGAUGCUUAUAAGCUAGCUCUCAGUAAUAGAGAAAGACAGUUGUCCAGUAUGCUUACAAAACAUUGGCUUGGGAAAUAUUCCUUGAGUUAAUUUUGCCACAGGUCUCUGCCGCUUGAAGGUCUGAUAUGUAUUUUAGUGAUAUCAGUCCUAGAUUUUGUUUAUAAAUAGUGAAGAAGCAAAGACUUCUGAUGUCUCUAACUCUACUGGAAUGCAGAUACUUCAAAAAAUGAUUUCACUUGAGCGAAACGAGUCUGUUCGUCACUACAAGGCAAUGGAAGAUUCUUUUGAUGAAGAACUUCAAAUACUACCUACUGCAGAUUGUAGAAAGAUGGUUCUUACAGCUUCAACAUUUGCUGCUGCAAUAAGUUAAUCACUACAAGGCACAUGAAGAUUCUUUUGCUGACGAACAUUAACUACUAGCUACUGCAGAUUGGAGAAAGAUUGUUCAUAUAGCUUCAACUUUCGCUGAAAUAAGAACAUCAAAUACUAGCUACUGCAUAUUUGAAAAAUCUGAGGAAGAUUGUUCUUAGUAGCUAUUCGAGUUGAGCAUUUGCUGAAAGUGCAUGAAAUAAGAUGGCGAGUUUCUUGACUGAUUUGGCGAAGCCAUAUGUGGAGAAAUUGAUAAAUGGCGUGAUUGCAGAAUCGAGUUAUAUAUGUUGCUUCAUGUGCAUUGCUAAGGAUUUUGAAGAAGAAAAAGCUAGGUUGGAAGUAGAAAGGACAACUUUCAAGCAACGCAUUGAAGUGGCAACCCGAAGAGGGGAAGAUGUUCAAGCUAAUGCUCUUUCUUGGGUAGAAGAAGCUGAUAAGCUCAUUCAAGAAGACACCAAAACAAAACAAAAAUGUUUUUUUGAAUUUUGUCCUCAUUGCAUAUGGAGAUAUAGAAGAGGAAAAGUACUGGCAAAUAGGAAGGAUCAUAUUAAAGAAUUAAUGGAAGUUGGAAAGGAACUUACAAUUGGACUCCCAGCUCGUCUUCCAGAUGUUGAACGCUAUUCAUCCCAACACUAUAUGCAUUUUAAAAGUAGAGAAUCCAAAUACAUUGAGCUUUUGGAUGAACUCAAAGAUGACAACAAUUAUAUGAUUGGGUUGCAAGGGAUGGGGGGCACAGGAAAAACUACAUUGAUCAAGGAAGUGGGUAAGACACUUAAGCAAUCAAAGCAAUUUACUCAAAUCAUCGAUACCGCGGUGUCAUUUUCUCCUAAUAUUAAAAAGAUUCAAGAUGAUAUUGCUGGACCCUUGGGAUUGAAAUUUGAUGACUGUAAUGAAUCCGAUCGACCCAAAAAACUAUGGAGCAGACUAACCAAUGGUGAGAAGAUUCUUCUAAUAUUGGACGAUGUGUGGGGCGAUAUUGAUUUUAAUGAAAUUGGAAUUCCAUAUAGUGACAAUCACAAAGGUUGUAGGAUUGUUGUAACCACGCGCAGUCUGUUGGUGUGCAAAAAAUUAGGAUGCAAUAAGACAAUCCAACUAGAUCUCUUAUCUGAAGAAGAUGCGUGGAUCUUGUUCAAAAGGCAUGCUAGUCUAAGUGAAACUUCAACUGAAUUUUUUCUUGACAAGGGACGUAAGAUUGCAAAUGAAUGCAAAAGGUUACCUAUUGCAAUUGUUGUUAUUGCUAGUAGUUUGAAGGGCGAACAACAUCGGAAUGAAUGGGAUGUGGCCUUAAAAUCAUUUCAAAAACCUAUGUCCAUACAUGGUGUUGAUGAUGAACUUGUUAAAAUUUAUAACUGUUUGAAGUUUAGCUAUGAUAAUAUGAGGAAUGAAAAGGCAAAGAGUUUAUUCCUUUUGUGUUCUGUGUUUCGAGAAGAUGAAGAGGUUCUUACUGAAAGGUUAGCCAGACUUGCCAUCGGAGGAGGCCUUUUUGGGGAAGAUUAUGGAAGCUACCAAGAUGCUCGAAGUCAAGUAGUUAUAUCCAAAAAUAAACUCCUAGAUUCUUGUUUAUUGUUGGAAGCCGAUCAAGGGAUAGUGAAAAUGCAUGACUUGGUUCGUGAUGCUGCCCAAUGGAUAGCGAACAAAGAGAUUCAAACAGUACAAGUGUAUGACAAAAAUCAAAAGGCAAUGGUUGAAAGGGAGAAAAAUAUAAAAUAUUUGUUAUGUGAAGGCAAGCCAAAGGACGUGUUUUCCUGUAAGCUUGAUGGUUCCAAGCUUGAGAUUCUAAUUGUCAUUUUAUGUAGGGAAGAAGGUGACAAGCUUUCAAAUAUCAAAGUACCAGAUUCCUUUUUUGAAAAUAAUACUGGACUUCGAGUUUUUGUUUGUGAUUUUUUUUUUUUAAACCUAUCAUUACCUCAAUCAAUACAAUCGUUGCAGAAUAUUCGAUCUCUUAUCUUUAGAUCUGGUAUGUUGGGUGACAUUUCUAUCUUGGGAAAUCUGCCAAGCCUUGAGACACUUGAUUUGAGUGGUUGUCGUAUUAAUGAAUUGCCGAGCGGAAUUACGAAAUUAGAUAAGUUCAGAUUGUUGAAAUUGGAACAUUGUUCAAUUUCUUGGAAUAAUCCGUUUGAAGUGAUUGAAAGAUGCUCAUUACUUCAAGAGUUGUAUUUUGUAGGGAGUUUUAAUCAUUGUUGUCGAGAAAUAACUUUACCUACAUUGCAGAUGUUUUGUGUAGCCGACGGCUCUGGAAUUGAUUAUUCAUCAUCAUCAAAGUGUGUGUCUAUUGACUACGAAAAUGAGUUUUUCCUAUCUGAAACAACACUCAAGUAUUGUAUGCAAGAAGCAGAGGUUCUCAAACUAGGUAGAAUCGAGGGGGUUUGGAGAAAUAUCAUACCUGAGAUUGUUCCUUUGGACCAUGGUAUGAAUGAUCUAGUUGUGCUUGGUUUAAGUUGCAUUUCACAACUACAGUGCCUCAUUGAAACUAAGCAUACUUCUUCUCAAGUAUCACAUGUAUUCUCUAAGUUGGUUAAACUACAUCUGGAGAAAAUGGAAAAUCUAGAAGAGUUGUGCAUAGGUCCUCUUUCCUUUGACACUUUUAAGAGUUUAGAGGACCUAUCUAUCGGGAAUUGCAAACACUUGCGAAGUUUAUUUAAGUGCAACCUUAGCCUACGCAAUCUAAAGAAAGUUUCAUUGAAUAGUUGUCCGAUGUUGAUCUCCUUAUUCGAACUUUCAACUGCCCGUAGCCUAGUGUUGUUGGAGAUAUUGGAAAUAAUUGACUGUGAGGGUCUUGAAUAUAUAAUACUAGAUGAAAGAAAAGGAGAGGGAUCAAGAAGAGAAAUAAUUGAUGAUGAUAGCAAGAGUCUGGACCCAAUGUUUUUGAAACUAAAAGCUCUUGAAAUUAGGAAGUGUCCAAACUUUAAAGUAAUACUUCCGUUUGUCUCUGCUCAUGAUCUUCCGGCACUAGAAUCCAUCACAAUGAGAAGUUGUGAUAAGCUGAAAUACAUAUUUGGGCAAGAUGUCAAACUUGGUUCCCUAAAAUAUAUAAAUCUUGAUGAUGUACCCAAUUUAAUUGAUAUUUUUCCAGAAAGUAAUCAUACGACAUCUUUGUCCAAUAAGAAGUCAUCUUCUAUUUCUAGAUCCGCUUCCAAGCCAGCAACACAGUCGGACUAUAUCAAAUGCAACAUCUUUUCAUGGAUUGAUAUGUAUUAUUGUGGAAACAAAUUGAGGAGUACCAAAAGUACUAAAAUUCCAUUGGUUCAUGUGAAUCAACCACAAAACAACUUAAUGGAAUCAAAUUCAUAUUGCCUUAGCAUAAACAUAUGGGAGCGUGCUCAAUGUAUUUCAAGACAAUCAAAGAUCCUAUGCAAUGUUAAAGAGAUUCAGUUGACUGAGUUGAGGAAGAUAAAAUCAAUAUUUGUCCUAUCUAUUGCUCCAAGAAUGUUGUUGGAAACUUUGAUAAUUAAAGGUUGUGAUGAAUUGAAACACAUAAUAAUAGACACCGAAGAUCACGACAAUGCUGAUGACAAUAAUUUGGACAAUGUCUUCCCAAAGUUGAAAGUGCUUUCCAUUAUAGAUUGCAUCCGAUUGGAAUAUAUAUUCGGACAUUACAAUGAUGAUCAUCAAAACGACAUUGAGGUUCAUCUUCAUCUUCCAGCAUUGGAGUGUCUCUAUCUUUCCAAUCUGCAAAAUUUGGCUGCCAUGUGUCCUAAACAAUAUCACACAACAUUUCCACCUUUGAAAGAUCUUGUACUCGAUAAAUGCUUACAGGUUGCUGAUAUGAAACCUAUUGGUGAUUUCAUAUCUCAUCAUUUGGUUUCAAGAUCUGUCGAUGGUACCAUCACAAAGAAAUUGAGUGGGAACAUGGAGUAUUUGCUUGCUUUGGAAAGACUCGGGUUAUGUAUGUCCAAAGUAGAAAGUAUAUUUUGUGUCAAUGAAGUAAAUGAACAACAAAUAAACUUAGUGUUGCGAAAGAUUAUGCUGGACGAAUUAUAUGUGGUGACUUGUCUUUUUGUUGGUCCCAAAGAUUCUUUUGUCCUCCAAAACCUAAUAACGAUACAAAUUAUGCGAUGUGAAAAGUUACAAGUCAUUUUCUCCGAUUCUAUUUUAAGAUGUCUACCACAAUUGCAUGAUAUAAUGAUAAUAGAGUGUGAUGAGUUGAAGCAUAUCAUUGAAGAUGAUUUAGAGAAUAAGAAAAUGUCAAAUUCCUCAUCCUCAAGGACAUGCUUCCCAAAGCUAAAUGUGCUUGUUGUAAUAAAGUGCAACAAGUUGAAAUGUGUGUUUUCGACCUCCGUAAGUAACGAGCUUCCGGAGCUAAAGUGUCUGAUCAUAAGAGAAGCAGAUGAACUAGAGGAAAUAUUUAAAACUGAAGGGGAGGAAAAUCAGAAAGCCAAGAUUCUAAAUUUGAAAUUUGUAGCAUUUGUGAACCUACCAAGCCUCUUCCAAACACAGGGAAUUCAAUUUCAAACCGUAGAAUCUCGUUUUGUAAUGGAUUGUCAAAAACUCUCUCUCACUUCAACAUCAAGACUCGCCUAUUUCUGGGAAAUAAUUGGUUCCGAUUCACUCAUGGAUAUGGAUGAAGGAGCGUUAAGAAAUUUGUUGAUUAUACUUCAAAAAAUACAAGAAGAAUCCCGUGGCCACAAUACUAAAGAUUUUAUCGCUGGAAUUGAAGUUGAAGCAGCGUCAAGUCACGAGUUGACAUCUUCAGAGUGGGAGGGCUCUACGUCCGAAAUAGAUGUAGCAGCAACUUUGCAACCCAUUUCAGAAAAAAAGAAUGAGCCAACUUUACAGUUAGUUGCUCCUAAACAAAAGCAGGGUAAUGCGAUAAACGUUGAAGAAGGAAAUACAUCUUAUAAUGUCAAGACAAUAACAUCAUCAACCAAUUUAGAAUUAGAACAUGGUGAUGAACAAAUAGCCAUGACUUCUUUUUCCAUGGCCUCUAAAGAAACCAAUGAUCAAGUUUCUUGGAAUGACGAGGCUUUCAAGAAUGUAAGCUCAAAUAUUGAGGAACAGUUACCUAAGAAAGAUGAUAUAAUAGUUUCAAAAUCAAAACCCUCUUCAAUUGCAUCCAAGUUUCCUUCAAUACCUUCUAAAGGGAACUCAUCUAAAAUAGUAGAAGAUUUAAGUUAUUCUUUGCUUAUCACAAAGGAGCUUGAGCAACUAGUCUCCAAGAAGCAUUUGGCUUCAGAGAACUUGUCUCUGUUAACUGAUUUCCUUGUUUUGCACCCUUCCCUUCACUUAAAGGACACUUCACUGAGUAAUAGAUACAAGGGUUGUGCCUACAGUUUAUUAGCUCAGCUAUUGAAGUUUCUCCAAACUCAUAGUGCUGUUGAUGCAAUGGGCUCAUACCGCACCGAAUUCGUGGAGCUAUUACAAGAUGCACAUAGCUUUGGUUUUGAUAAGGAUUGGUUGAAUGGUGUUGAAAGACGUGGUUUGUUUCCUGAUAUACAAGUGUUGGAUUCUAAGCAACAGGUUACCAAAGAAUUUGAAAUGUUGCGUUUCAAGAUAGACAAUUUAAGUCAAUAUGUGGAAGAUCUUAAGCAUCAAUUGACAUCUUCUGAAACUGUUUUGGAGAGCAUCAUUCAGAAGGAGGCAGAUUUAAGCGCCCCUAUUGGCUAUUAGACUUUUUUUUUACUUCUUUUCCUUCAUGCUUUUCAUUGUGAGAUCUAUUAUCCUUCAAUAUUGUUUUUUCCUUGGGUGUGAAGUUUCAUUAUUUCUUAUUUGAAAUGAACUUAUAAACCGUCUUAUUAUGUUUCGGUAUUUAAAACUAUUAUU